AUGCCACGCACGCGGGGGCACAAGGGGGCCCCCAAGGACGCGGACACCCCAGGCAAGGGGAAGGGGGAGCAGGGGGGCGAGAGCUCCCCCAAGCCCCCCGAGGAGGGCGGCUCCCCCGGCAGCAGCAGCCCCGGCGCUGAGUCCCGGCACGGCGGGCACGGGCGGAAGAACAGCAAGAAGGGUGCCGGGGAUCCCCACGCCGCCGCCGCCAAGGCUUACUCGCCCUUCCUCAACACCGUCUUUGGCAAGGAGCGGGAGCUGUCGCCGGAGGAGCUGGACGAGCUGCUGGAUGCCUUCAAGGAGUUUGACACUGAUCAGGAUGGCUUCAUCAGCUACAAGGACCUGGGCGCCUGCAUGCGCAUGCUGGGGUACAUGCCCACCGAGAUGGAGCUCAUUGAGAUCUCCCAGCACAUCAAGAUGAGGAUGGGCGGCCGCGUGGACUUCGAGGACUUUGUGCAGAUGAUGGGGCCGAAGCUGCGGGAGGAGACGGCCCACAUGGUGGGCAUGAGGGAGCUGAAGAUCGCCUUCCGCGAGUUCGACAUGAACGGGGACGGGGAGAUCAGCAGCGCAGAGAUGCGGGAGGCCAUCGCGGCGCUGCUGGGCGAGCAGCUGAAGGCGCAGGAGGUGGACGAGAUCCUGCAGGAUGUGGAUCUCAACGGGGACGGCCGCGUGGACUUCGAUGAGUUCGUCAUGAUGCUGUCCUCCCGGUAAUGAAGCCUCCAGAGAGGAGGGGACCCGGGGCACCCCCGCUACCCGACGCCGCUCCUGCCCCCAGGCACCUCCUGCUCCAUCCCGCGUUAGGGUUCAGAGCGAAC